GGUUAUGUUAUGUUGCGCGCGUAGCAGAUCAGCUGUUUUCUUUGAACAUUUUCCAACACAGCUUAGCCGGCGGCCUAUCGUUAAUCGACUUCAGAAGGAAUUGGCUUGGACUCCAAGCCUUGGAGUUUGUUUUUAUCUAAAAGUUGAAUUUUCCAACCAAAGAAACCAUUUAAUAAUAUUAAUUCCUAAACAAAAUGAUGUCCCUACCCGAUACGGAUAGUGAGGAUGAACUGCCACCUGGCUGGGAAGAGCGAGCCACCGAUGACGGAACUGUUUGCUAUGUGAACCAACAAGGUAAAACGUCACAAUGGACACACCCGAGAACAGGUCGGUCCAAGCGAAUUACUGGUGAGCUACCCUUGGGCUGGGAGAAGUACUACGAUGAGCAGGGAAAGCGGUUUAUGUUCCUCAACAAGGAGACGCAGCAACGGACCAAUGUCGAUCCUCGUUUGGCUUUUGCCGUGGAGGAGCCCACACAGAAUGUGGCCCAGGUGCGCCAGCGAUUUGACUCUUGCUCGACGGCUCUGCAGGUUCUCCAUGGAAAGGAUUUGCAUGGACGCACUGCCUUGAUUACGGGUGCCAAUUGUGGGAUUGGCUUUGAGACCGCACGAUCGUUGGCUCAACACGGUUGUGAGAUCAUCUUUGCCUGCCGAAACAGGACUUCCACAGAGGCUGCUAUCGAAAGGAUUGCCCAGGAACGUCCAGCAGCCCGUGCCCGCUGUCGAUUCGCCGCCCUAGACCUCAGUUCCUUGAGAUCAGUUCAGCGAUUUGUCAAGGAAAUCAAGGAGACCGUUAGCCAUAUCGACUUCUUAAUCCUGAACGCUGGCGUAUUUGCACUGCCUCACACAAAGACCGAGGACGGUCUGGAAACCACAUUCCAGGUCUCGCACCUGUCGCAUUUCUACCUGACAUUGCAACUGGAGGCACUGUUUGAUUACAAAACACGGAUUGUUGUGCUGUCAUCCGAGUCGCACAGAUUUGCCAAUCUCCCCGUAGAGAAUCUGGCCGUGCAUCAUCUUUCCCCGCCCCCGGAGAAGUACUGGAGCAUGAUGGCCUACAACAAUGCCAAGCUGUGCAAUGUCUUGUUUGCCCAGGAACUCGCCCAGCGCUGGAAGCAGCGAGGAAUUUCUGUGUUCAGCCUGCAUCCAGGCAAUAUGGUAUCCACCGACCUGUCGCGAAACUAUUGGUUCUAUCGCCUGCUCUUUGCGAUAGUGCGUCCCUUUACGAAGUCACUGCAACAGGCGGCUGCCACGAGUAUCUACUGCGCCACAGCCAAUGAGCUGACGGGCUUGUCUGGACUGUACUUCAACAACUGCUUCUUCUGCGAGCCCAGCAAAUUGUCCAAGAGUGCUGCACUGCAGCAGCAACUUUGGCAACUCAGUGAGAACUUGAUUUCUGAGCUCCUGGAAGAGGAACAGCAUUAACUUUCCAAUUGGUUAGAUUUCAAUAUAUUUAUAUAUUCCGGGGAGAUCAAUUCUCUGAAAGUAA